AGAGGAGAGUUGCAUGGCAGUGAGGUACAGCUGGUCUGCGAGUGACACAGCCUAGGUGAGAGUGACAUGACAUGGGACAGGCAGACAGCAGAGCGACAAGAAAUAGGAUCCAGAGGGCAUCACUGCAGCAGGUUUAAAACAGCUAACGUCUGAUCUGGAUAAGGAUAAAUUUUUAUUGGACUAUGAGUUCCCCGGCGUCAACACCACUUCUCUCCGAUUCAACUAUGAGUUCCCCGGCGUCAACACCACUUCUCCCCUUAGCCUUGACGCCAAAUGAACAACAAGAAGAAGUAUUUGCAGAUGACAAAUUCAAGACCUGCAACCAGAUUGAAUUUUACAGAAGACAGAAGCUCCUCCAGCCAGGCCAGUCACUCUACCAAGCACAGUUAGACACCCUCACUAUAGAUGAAAACAGUGCCACAUUUCAAAUCCUGCACCAGGCAACAAAGGUUCCCCUACAAGUAUGCAUCAUUGCAUUGGAGGGUGAUAUCUUCAGAAUCAAAAUUAACGAGGUGUCUCCAUUAAAACCAAGAUAUGAGGUGGCUGAUGUCUUAGUGAGGAAGCCAGUUACUAAGAGGCUGAGUGUGGUGGAAGAAGAUGUAGGCACUGUGGUUUUAGCAUAUCCAAAUGACCCUUAUAAGCUACACAUCUCAUCGCAGCCGUUCUGUGUGUCAGUCACUCUAGAUGGCAAACCUGUGCUCAGUGCUAACUCCCAGGGUCUGCUAUACUUUGAGCACCAACAAUCACCAUCUACAGAAAUUGAAAUGUCAAGAAGUAACAAUGAUGGGCCACAGGAUUUUUCUCAGGAUGAACUUGGGCAAGAAUGUAAUAAUCAUCUUUUGGACAGUAAAGCAAAUGGGCCAACCUCUGUGGGGCUGGAUUUUUCAUUGUAUGGAUUUGAACAUGUUUACGGGUUACCAGAACAUGCUGACUCACACAACCUUUCUGAUACCAAGGAUGAUGAGGCUUACCGGCUAUACAACUUGGAUGUGUUUGGCUACAGUAUACAUGAUAAGAUGGGUAUAUAUGGGUCUGUACCAUUGCUCUUGGCUCACAAAGCUUCUCAGACAUGUGGAAUCUUCUGGCUCAAUGCCUCUGAGACACUUGUUGAAGUCAAAACCAAAGAAGAUGUGCAGAAGCAGAGGUUUAUGAGACGUACAGAUGUUAGGUGGAUGUCAGAGAGCGGGAUAGUGGACAUUUUCUUGUUGAUGGGCCCUGCACCGCAGGAUGUGUUUAAACAGUAUGCACAACUGACAGGUACCCAGGCAUUUCCUCCAAAGUUCUCUUUGGGAUAUCAUCAGUGCCGUUGGAACUAUGAGGAUGAGGAAGAUGUGGAAGCUGUGGACUCUGGCUUUGAUGAGCAUGGGAUCCCCUAUGACGUCAUCUGGUUAGACAUCGAACACACAGAGGAGAAAAGGUACUUCACCUGGGAUGAGAAAAGAUUUCCAAAUCCUAUUCAGAUGCAAGAGAAACUGCGGGAGAAGAAGCGGAAGCUUGUUGCCAUCUCAGAUCCUCACAUUAAAGUUGAUCCAAGCUAUACCCUGUACACUGAGGCCAAAGAGAAAGGAUACUUUGUGAAAAAACAAACAGGACAAGACUUUGAGGGAAUCUGCUGGCCAGGCACUUCCAGCUAUCUGGACUUCACUAAUCCUGCUGUGCGGGACUGGUAUGCUGCUCAGUUUGCACUUGAUAAAUACAAAGGCUCAACAGAUAUUCUUUUUAUUUGGAAUGAUAUGAAUGAGCCUUCUGUCUUUAUGGCCCCAGAAAAGACCAUGGACAAGCAUGAAGUGCACCACCAGGGCUGGGAGCACCGAGAUCUCCAUAACCUUUAUGGAUUCUACCAGCAAAUGUCCACUGCUGAGGGACUGACCCGUCGCUCAGGGGGACAGAAAAGGCCCUUUGUCCUGACAAGAUCUUUCUUUGCUGGUUCCCAGAGAUAUGGUGCUGUAUGGACUGGAGAUAACAUAGCGGAGUGGGAUUACCUGAAAAUCUCUAUCCCAAUGCUGCUAUCUCUUAGUGUGACCGGAAUCACCUUUUGUGGGGCUGAUGUUGGAGGCUUUGUUGGUGACCCAGAGCCUGAGCUCCUUGUUCGCUGGUACCAAGCUGGAUCUUUCCAGCCCUUUUUCAGAGCUCAUGCCAUGCUGGGCAGCAAGCGUCGUGAACCCUGGCUAUUUGGUGCUGACAACACAUGUUUGAUCAAGAAUGCAAUAGAGGAACGCUACAAGCUGCUUCCAUAUUGGUACCUGCUCUUCUAUCGAGCACAUAUAUCUGCUGAACCUGUCAUGAGACCUCUAUGGGUGGAAUUUCCCAAACAGAAGGAAAUCUUCAGAGUGGAAAACCAGUAUUUAUUGGGAAAUGCUUUGAUGGUUGUUCCAGUGGUUGAAUCUGGAGCAUCUGUUGUGCACAUGCUGUUUCCAGGGUAUGAAGAGCUCUGGUAUGACUUCCGAAAAUACAAAUGUGUCAAGGGACCACACAAACGGAAAAUAAGAGUCACCCUGGAAGAGAUCCCAGUGUAUCAACGAGGAGGUUCCAUCAUCCCCAUGUACAUCAGAGCUGGCAAGUCUACAGAAUGGAUGGAUAACUUUCCUUAUGAGUUGCACGUAGCUCUGGACUCCAAGGGCUCCGCUGUGGGCGAACUCUUCAUAGACGAUGGUGACUCCUUCCAGUACCUUUACAAGAACAUGUUCAUCCACAGGAGAUUUACGUUUCAGAAGAAUGUCCUCUCCUCCUGUGCUGCAGAUCGAGCUGGACAGUAUCCUGCACAAUCCCUGCUAGAGAAGAUAUUGAUCAUGGGAGUAAAGAAGAGCCCUUCACAAGUAACUGUGCACAUGGCAGGUGGAGACAAAACAGCACUGGCUUUCACACAUGACCACAAACUCUGCCUGUUGUGCCUGGAACACCUCUCCCUGGGGAUCUCUGCAGACUGGGAGAUUCAUAUAAUGGGCGCGUCAUAACUUUCUCAGAAAGCUUCUGCUGCUUCAUUUAUUUUUAUCUGAUUGGUUAAAAAAAUGUUUUAAUUUGUUAUGUUUGUGUUUAUUUUAAAGUACAAAUGCUGCAUAUUGCACUUCUUGAAACAAAAACAAAAAAAGCUUGCAGGGUACAGUUAAAGGGACGGUAAACACCUUGAAAUUUUUAUAUAAAAAUGUUUAGUAAUGCAUAAUGAAACACAUUUAUUUUGCCCCCCUUUACAUGUAAUUUAGUUCUGGAAAUUUAGCAAUUUCUAAUUCUCAGAACUUGAAAUGCAGCUGCUGACUUCUCUACUCAGCUACAUAUUCAUAAUUGGCUUUAUCAGAAAACAACUGAAAAACAAUGUACUUUAUACCAACUUUAAGACAGGGGUUAGCCUUGUCGUCUAUGGAUUAAAGACCAGAUUGGCUCCUCAAAAUAAGGCUAAUGGUGGUUGAGUUUGAAACAGACGUGACUGAUAUCUUGUUCUCUAGCAACUCAACAGAAAUGUUUUGUAAUUAGAAGCGGUUUACUGUCCCAUUAAUUUGUUGAGUAAGGGCAAGUAUGUAAGUACAUUGUCAGUCAGAAUAAUCUGCUCCCUCCUUGUAACAAGGAUUAUGGGUAAUGACAUGUUUUUCACAUAUACCCAUAAACAGAUUCAUUUACAUAGGGCCAGGCUACUGGCUGAGACAAUAAUAACUGCUCUUUUUAUACAUGUUUUUUAAAACAAUAUAGUUGAAACAUGAAUUGCACUCUACAAAAUGGUUUACAAUUUUAUACUAUAGGUUGUUUUUUUAAUGAAAGUUUUACAAAGGGCUAAAAUGAUGCAAAUACAGCACAAGUAGAAUUGGUACAGUUGUAAAUGUAUUUGUAUUUCCCUGAGCAGUCGGCUGAAUUGUCUUUUAUGUUGUGAGUAGUUUGUCACAAAUAUGUAUCUUUCUUACCUGUUAUAUUAAUAACUGAUACUUUAAGUAUAUUAAUAACUGAAACAAAAUCACAAA